CGCGUGUCGGUCCCUCUGUGCUUCGUCAGGCGAGGCCGGCCAGAGAAGGAGCCCGAGUGGCGUCCAUAGAGACAGGACUGGCGGCUGCUGCAGCCAAACUCACACACCAGAAGGAGCAGCAGAAGACCAAGAAAAAGCAGAAGAGCACAAAAAAGAAGCCCCCUGCUGCUUUGAGAGAGGAGGAGGAGGAAGAGGAGGAACCAGUGAGGAAGCUGAGUAGGGACAGCAGUUCUCCAGAACCAGACGCGGGCCGGGACUCCGAGCCUGGUCAGACCGACCAUGAAUACUCCUCUGGGGCAGGAGGGAAGCAGGCUGGGGGGCCCCAACCCAUGGCCCCUGGAGUCUUCCUUACACAGAGACGACCCUCUACAUUUUCAUCAUCUCAAAACAAUAACAACAACAACACAGGAGGAGCCGCAGGAGGAGCAGGAAAGGGUGAUGCAAAGGGCGAAGCGAAGCGGCUAAAGAAAGGCAUGGCGACGGCCAAACAGAGACUAGGAAAGAUCCUCAAGAUCCACCGCAACGGGAAGCUCCUCCUGUAACAGGAAGUGACUCGCUACGGAGCAUUGCCAUUGGCUCCUGCAGUCCUCUUAGCAUAUGAACUGGCUCCAUCUCCUUUCCUUUGAUUGGUGCUGGGCUAACAGACAGACUUGAAACAGUCAACAUUGGUUUUGCCUAUACUUAAAAGUGUACAGAAUAAUUGCUAGAAAUAUUUUUUAAGAAAAACGUGUCAUUUUACUACAGUCAGUUUAUCAGGGGGUCGCUAUGCUAUGCGUUAAACUAGGGCUGUGGCACAAACGGCAGCCUAUUCCCUUUAUAGUGCCCUGGUCGAAAGUAGUGCGCUUACAAAUGGAAUAGGCUGCCGUUUGGGAUGCGGCCAAGAAGUUCAUCCA